AGGCUUCGUCAGUUCUGUCAUUCUCUAAAGUGUGUUUGUAACUUUGUAGUUCCUAUUCUAAACGACCUCAAUGGCGACAACACCAAGCUCAAAGGCUAUUCUGGACCUUUACGCUACCGCCCUGCGUACAUCCCGCUCGUUCAGUUCGUAUAACUUCAGGCACUACUUCGUACGCCGCACGCAGGACACUUUCAGAACUAUACAGGAGGAACAAGACCCUGCAAAGGUGUCGUCUAUGUAUAACGAAGCUGUGAAAGAGCUGGCUGUGCUGCGACGGAGUGCGGUCGUCAAUCAACUCUAUGGCGGGUGGAAGUUGGCAGUGGAAGACCAGACGGAGGUCCGGACGAGGGGUGACACAUAGAUGCGGAAGGGAUGAAGGCUCCUCUUGUUUCACAUUAGAGCGAACGGUAUCUGAGGGGGUAGAGCGUCAGACGGGUCUCCGGAUUGUCCGUAGUACGGAGGGGGGAAUGGCUGUCUUGGUUGGUGUAGAGCUUACUCAGGAGGCAUGCCGUUGCAAUGGUUAUGUGCUGGGGAAGAUUUGCUGGUAGAUGAUUGAUUUGCCUUCACAUCCCCUCUGCUUCAGCUUACUUUCUUGUAUAUGCAAAGCUUUCUAAUGCGUGAGAGGAUGAUCAUGCGUGGAUACUAUACAACCAUGAUGCACAGGCUAUACGCAUAUGCGAAUUCUAUGAGAUACUAAGAUGAUAACACAACAUGAUGUGUCCAAUGUGCUACUACUCGAAGAUCACUAACCACCCCUUCCCCAUCUCCACCAACUCGAGCUUGACGGUAGUGAUGUUUUUUCCGACGUUGACGGUGUGUUAUUCACCGGAACAGAGGUAGCGAUACCAGGCAGUCCAUUGACGGACGGAAUCAUCUUCUCCUUCGGCUGUCCCUCCGUCACUGCCCACACCUCUUCCGCUUCCUUCAACCGUCCCUCAAACUCCAUUCGCUCUCUCCCCUCCCGCUCUUCCCGCUUCGCCUGUAUCUCAUCCAAAAUCCGUGUAUUCGUCGAGUCUGUGCUACGCUGGUGACCAAAAGCCCAUGUCCCGGCACACACGGCCGCGAUGGUGAGACCCUGCGCUAUCACACGGACUCGAAGCCAGUUGUUGAACGAGCGGGACUCCCCACGACGCAUCUUGACCAUGGAGACCACGAGGGCGAAUGUGGUUGCAGCGGCACCUAGUGGGACUAGGGGCUGCUCCUUGAACUUUCGGAGAGCCUUCUCCUUAUACGUCUCUCCCGUAUGUAGCGCACUCAUGGUAAAAGGGUGGCCUUGGCAAGUGAGCUUAUGUUAAUUUGAUGAUUCUAGCCAGGCUGUUUUCUAGCAGGCCAAGUUGCAGC